AUGCAGCAAAGUAGCAACUCUGUAUUGUAUGAGGAGUUAGAACAGUACACCUCGAGCAGUAAUGGGAGGGCGAUUGCAGGCCUUCUAUCACAAAAGCGACGUUACCUGAGCGAUCAAGCUGAUGGCUCUCGCUUGGCGGUAGCCUGUGCCUCCCGGCAUAUUUACAUCCUGGACAGGUCCGGCCAGCCCGUGUCCCUGCUAUCGGCCUCGGCCGGGCCCUGGACCGCCAAGCCUGUUGGUGCGCUGGCCAUGCCGCUGCCCACCACACUGCUUAUCCUGACCGGCCGUCCAUCCCAGCUUUUCAUCGUGCCGCUGGACGCUCCGCCGCGUGUACUCCAAGGACUGCGGCCCCAGCAGCUCAGUCGGCAGUGCGACACUGUACGGGUUGCAGCAUACGAUGCUCGUACAUCAACCCUCGUGGUGGCAGGGGAGAGCGGCCCGGCCGGCGGCGGCAAGGGCCCUGCAGCCGCGGGCGCGCGCGUUAGCGUCAGCACUUGGCGGCUGGAGGUGUCCGGUCCAGGAGCUGCUGCGGCCGCUGCCACCAAAGCAGUCCCACUUGGAUCCUUUGUCGGCUCGCUAAGCGAAAGCGCCGGCGCUGGCGGCAGUGGACCCGCGGCCGCCACUGUAACAGCGGCAGCAGCCUGGGCGCGGCGUCGCUGGACUCUGUCCCUUUCGCCACUGGGUGAGCACGUGGCGAUUGUGGCUCCGCCCGCCCCAGGAGUGCUGAUACUGUCGGUGCCGCAGUGCCGGAGAGAGGACCCUGGGGAGAGAUUUGGGGGCCGCACGGCGCCUCCAGCGUCAGCUUUUCGGACCACUCUGACCCGGUCCGUGGAGUCGGCGGCGAGCGCCUCCUGGUGGGGCUCCGAAACCGCCCUGGCGCUGAGCGACAUGGCGGGCUAUGUGGGCCUUGCACAGCUGCCGGGAUACGACAACCUGCUGGCAGGCGACGAGCAGCCCAAGUAUGCACCAGGUACUCUGGUGGCCUCCAAGAGCGGCGGUCCAGGGACCCGCGGGCUCCUGGUUCUGGAGCCUUUGAUUCCGCCAGAAUCCAAGAUCCCCGGAUCCGGGGGGGUGGCCGCCGCAGACGGGGUUCGCAGCGCCCGUGCGUCCAGGGGUGCUGCGGCCUCUGCAGAGGCUGCUGCAGCGGCUUCCGCUGCCGCCGCCCCUGGCUUACGGCUGCUGCUGCUAGCGCAGCGAACGCCCGAGGAGAUGCUCCAGGUGCACAUGCGGCACCAGCAGUGGGGCAGGGCGCUGGAGCUGUGCGCCGCCGCGGGGUUGAACGCCGAUCGGGUGUAUGGCGCCAGAUGGGCCUCCCGACCUGUGGAUGCAGCCAACAUAGCUGACAACCUGGCCAAGAUCGCGGACAGGCGAUGGGUUGUGGGGGAGUGCUGCCGGCGAGUGGCCUCCGACUAUGAGGGGCAGCGCAAGCUGAUCAACUACGGUCUACGGGAGACGGCGAGGCAGGCCAAGCCGCCGGCAGCAGCUGACAGCGUGGAUGACGCGAGUUCAAACGCUUCCGCGCCGGGUGGUGCUGCAACGGCGGCGGCGGGUGGUAGUGGCGAAAGGACCGACCCACGGGACACCGCCUGGUGGUGGUGCACCCGGCUGAAGCUGUGGCGACAUAGCGACCGACUGGAGGUGCUCUACGCGGCGCAGGGCAGGACCUUCAAUCCGUCCGCCUAUGCCGCCUUCCGCGACCUGUCCCUGGCCGCCGCGGCGGGCUCCUGGGCUGCCACUGGUGCCUUGGGUCCUCUGGCGGUGCUGGCUCAGCACUACCCCGCCUCCCUGUCGGGUCCGGUGCUGCUGGGGGUGCUGUCCAGGCUUCCGGAGACCAUUAACCCACGCCUCUACAGCGCACUGCUGCCCAGACCGGCCGACGGUGAGGAAGUACCGGUGCCACUGCGGCCGCCCCCGGUCCGCAAGCAAGACUGGGUUGAGCAGCCGGAGGUACUGGCGGAGAUCCGGAAGGCGGUCGCGGCUGGAUCUGGAUCUGGAUCUGGAUCGGCUGUGGAUCUGCCGGAUUGGGAUCCAGAGGCUACGGAUGCGUUGGUGCGUGUGCUGGCCCCGCGUCCGCGGCUGUCCGCUGCGGCAGCCUCGGAGUGGUACGCGGAGCGAGCGCUGCAGUUGGACGAGGAAACUGGGCAACUACAGGGUGCCCUGGCGCUGCUGGAGCUGGGCUGGGAGCGGGGCGCCCGGGGGCCGCGAGUGGCGCAACUGCUGGGGGCAGCGAUGGCGCUUACAAGCGUCAUCAGCGCUACGACCCAUCACCACCGUGCAUCCCUCGCGGCCGGCUCGGCCAGCUCCCCCGGCGGCGUGCUGUGGCGCCUUCGCCUGGGGGACUUUGCGGAGAUGCCAGGAGCGCAGCAGCUCCGGUUGCUGCUGGCGGGCAGUGACGAGGAUAGCCUCCGCCAAGACCUGCGGGAAAGAUUCCUUCUGUUUGGCUUUUAUCUGAGCCAGCUGUUCGGCAUGGUCGGGGAGGCGCUCUCUGUCGCAGACUGCGGCACCAGCACCAGGAGGGUGGUUCCCUUCCUGCGCGGCCCCGGCUGGGAUGCCGCCCGGGUAGGACCGCUGCUGGGGGCUCUGAUGGCUGAGGAGAUGGCGGCCAGGCCCGCCUGGGCAGCCGCCCUGGUGGAGGCGGAGGCGCGGGACAGGAUGCUGUUCGAGAGCACCGAGGAGCUUGUGCAGGCUGUCACCUCUGCUGUAGCGGGUUGCCCUCACACGGAUGAAUGGCCCUCCUUGGAGCGGGCAAUGGCGGCCGUAGAGGCCGCAGCCAGUGAAGAGGCGGCCGCAGCGGCCGCGGCCGGGGAGACUUCUGCAGAAGCAGCAACAGCGACGGCGGCGGCGCGGCGGUUGUCAUCGUCGUCGGAGUCGGAGUCUUGUGGGGGCUGGCUAGCUGGCCUCCGGGAGCUGCGCGGCUUCGUGCGUGCGGGGUCGCUGCUAGCGGCGCGGGGACUGCCGCUGACGGUACGGCACGUCAGCAGCUGCGGGCGGGAGGAGGCAGCGAGGUGCAUACGGCAGGUGCUGGGGAGGUUACAGAGGUCCAGUCCCUCUAUGCCUGAUGCCGCCUGGUCGCAGCUGUGGCUCGAUCUGGUGCAGGUUCGUUCCGCCGCCUUUCCCUUCCUGGAGCCCCAGGAGCUGCUGUCCGAGGUGGCGAGGUGCAUGCUGCACUGCGGCCGCAACGACCUGGCCAAUGCCUACCUGCAUGGGGGUGCUCCCGGCGAGACCCAUGUGGCACUGGAACCGGAGGCCGCGGACGCGCUCAUCACCUCCGUCGCCGCUGAGAUCCUGGCUGGUGCUAACGACCCAUGGGACAGCGCCGCACAGCAAUCAGCUGCUUGCCUUGCGCUUGCGUCGCCCGACGCUCCGCCAGCUGUCGCACUGCGGCGCCUGGUUUCUGCGCUGCAGAUGCUGCCUGAGCUGGGACUUGACGUCAUCCCCGCCCAAGUCAUGCAGAUGACGGACCGCUUUGAGGUCAUUCGGCUGAUUUUGGAAGGCAGCGGAAACGAUGACGGCGGCGGCGGCCUCUUGUCCACCGCUGGUGCUACCUCCGCGGCCGGUGGAGUCGGCUUUGGCAGCACGUUAGGGCUGGCGGCGUCGGCGGCGCUAGGCGGAAAGCUCAGCCGUCGUCGGGCGGCGGUACGGGCAGCAGGCCAGGCGGCCGUGGCGGGUGGCCGGGCGGCAGCGGCGCUUGCCGGUGGGCUGCUGGCGGUGGCCGGGCGGGUGGCAGGCGCAAACGUGGCGGAGGCGGUGGCGGGACGCAUGGCGCCAAUGGCGGGCAUCGUCGCCGGCGCGGUGGCGGCUACGGUAUCUGCAGCAGCGGCGGCGGCGCCGACGGUAGCGCACGGGGGCACCGUACAGCCGCCCUACAAGCAAGUCGGCCGCCUGUUGGAGCUUGCUGAGCUUCUCGGGCUGGACUCUCCAGACGACGAGCUGCGGCUGAAGGACCUGGCCGGGACAGCGGCGCUGCGAGCUGGUGACCUGGCCACCGCACAGCACCUGGCACUGGAGCUGCUGGCGGCAAGAUACAUGCCUGCGUGGUCGCUGUGCGCGGAGCUGGGGUCCAAACGGCAGUUGCAGGAUGAUGUCGUACGGGAGCAGCUACUGUCGUACGCAUUGCUGCAUUGUCCCGCCGAACGCAUGACUCGGCUGCUGGAGGAAUUGAGGGCGGUGGAGAGGCCCUGUUGGGGUGAGGCCGGUUGGGCAGAUGGUUCCGAUCCGUUGCUGGAGGCGCCCGAGUACCUCCUCCGAGAGGCGCUGCUAGCUCCCGGUCAGCGAGCCGCAGCCGCCUCCCCUGGAGCCGCUGCCACUGCCCACCUGCCCUUGCCGGGGGAUACCCACCUGGCGCUGGCAGUGCUGGAGCCUGGGACUGCAACCGGCAGUGCCGGUAGGGCCAUCAAGCUGCUGGAGGGUCUCCGAGGUGGCGGCGGCAGCGAGGAUGGUAGCGGUAGCGGCGGCGGCGCCGGGUUGCCUUAUGCGCAGCUGCAGCGUGUGGCGGCUAUGGAGUGCUAUUGCCAUUGCCUGCGGGCGCUGCUGCCGGCAGCCGGUAGCGGUGCGGAGAGGCUGCGGUUGUUGGAGCAGCCACUGGGGGAGCUGCUUCAGAGGGUGCGGCAACUUGGUACGACACCGGCGUCCAUGUCCGACGCUACGGCGGACGCUGCCGCGGCCGCACUGGCGGCGGAGGCACGGCUGGCGGCAGCGCGUGACAGCCGUACCGUGCGUCAGCAUUUGCCCGGCGUGGAUGCGGCCCAGUUUGCAAGUGGAGGCGACGAAUAUCGCCGCCAGGCCAUUCUGCAGCAGGCUGCACUGGCGGGAAAGGCGGAGGCGGAGGCACCGGGGGCGGCAUCCCCACGUGCGGCAGAGCUGAUGGAGCAGGCCAGACAGCUAGCUGCGGCGUACGGCGUUGACCCAUGGGACGUGGAGCUGCACUUCAUGUCCGCGCUCAUCACCGAUGCCGUUGCCGUGACGGCCGAGCUGCGUGCCGCUGUGCAGUCACGCGAGCCGGGUCUCCUGCAGCGACCCAAGGCCCUGCUGCGGCACCUGGCGACUGCCACCUACCCGGUACUUCCCACCUCCAGCGGGCCCCAUCUGGCGCUAUGGCUGGCGGUGCUGACGGACUGCCUGCACGCCUGUGCCAAGGACGACCCGGCAACCGCCGCAUUGACCGCCUCCAUCGCGCCGAUCCUGGGCAAGCUGCGGGACCUACUGGAGAAGGCCGCCGCAGCGCUCAAGGGUCUUUCACUGACGCAACUACACGCGCCGCUACUGGCGCCGCUGCUGGCCCCGCUGGGAGUGACGCUGGCGGGGCCAGCGGCGUCUGCGGCAGCCACCGCACCUGCCGAUGCGGCCGCAGCUGCGAUCUUUUCUUACGUAAAGCCCAGCAACCUGGCUCAGGCAGCCAAGCUCGUGACUGCACUGCACAAGCUGUUGGGCCCGCCGGGGAAGAAGGCCGCGGCAGCGGGCCCGGGGUCGGGCACAGGGCUGCUGUUCCCGGACCUUCAGCGCGCGCUGGACUCCCUACCGCCGAGCCUGCCAUACCUAUGCCUGUGCGUGAAGGCCGUGGGGACGAAAUCUGGAGGGCAACAACAACAGCAGCACCAGCAGCAGCAGCGGGACAUGGCUGUGGCGUGGAGUCACGUUGAGGAGCAUGUGGUGCGGUUGCCACCAGCGCAGCUGGCUGCGUGGCUAGCGUUCCUGCUGCUGCCCGGUUCGCAGUGCCCGUUGUGUCCGGGGGUCACUGGCGCGCAGCUGGCGCCGUGCCCUUGCCCUGUGGACGUACGUCUCGUGAUACUGGACACCUGCAUGCCCAGGCUGCAGUCCCCACACGCCGCAUCGAUGACGACGCAGCCGGCGGCGGCAGAGGCUUCGAUAGCUGCCGCACAUGGCGACAAUGCCGCUGCCGCCUGCGCCGUCACGGAAGUCCUCCGCCGCUUGCGAUCUCUACACCGCCGGCUGUUGAUGCUGCGAGCUGCAAAGCAGCACGCGGCGGAUGGCCUGGAUGCGCAGCAGUUGAAGGACUUGGAGUAUUCCCUGCUGUCCGCGGACGACCCCACAGCAGCGGCCUCAGCCUCUUCCGCCGGCGGCGCAGACGCCGCCGCUGGGGCCGUGAGGCUCGCCCUAUCCUCUCUUGCGGCCGCUGGAUGUCCCGCGGCUGUCCUGCUCGACAUUGCAGCUGUGGCGGCGGAGCCACAGCCUCUAGCCGACGGAGGAGGGACCGACGCCACACCAGGGUCCGCCGCCGUCGGCCCGGCGGCGGCGGCGGUUGCCUUGUUGGAGUCGGCAGUCGGCGAUACCGUGGGGUCGGCGCUGAGUGCAUUGCUGGAUGAGACAGGUGAAUCGACGACGGCUGCUGGCUUGGCCCGGCUCAAGGGAGCCUUGAGGUGCCUAGAUAGACCACAGGACAGGAGCUCCAAUCCGACUGUUCUCGACUCCGGCGUAUCGGCGGACCCGGCGGACGCGAAAGCAGAGGAUUUGGCGCACACGCUACGGGUGCUGCGGGACCGUGUGUGGCGCGACUUGCAGCGCUUUACGGACGAGCGACUGCCCUCCCUGGAGAGGCUCAGGCCAAGUGCGGCUUCGGAGCUUCUGGACAUGCAGGCAGCGCUGGGCACACGGGUGAUGUGGUCUGAUUGGGCGACCAGUGGCGGCCACUCCGAUGAUGCCGGGAAGCACCGCCAGAGGCUGCUCCUCACCCGGACUCGGGCGCUGCUCGCCCACCUAGUGGUCCCAGCCUCGCCAUCACCGCCAUCAUAUCAACUAACAGACCAGCAACAUCACCCUGCGGCCAUGCCUAUGCCAACUGUGCAACUUGAUGACCUAACGACACUCGAGGCAGCAGAGCGGCUAUUCACCAGGGUGCUGCAGGCCGUGCAAGGGGGUGCUGGCGGCGGCUGGGGUGGCACAGCAAGCCUCACGCAGCUGCGGCAGCUGGCGUGUCUAUUAACUGACAUUUGGCAGGACGGGGACAUGUGGAGCCAGAGCCAAGACGCUGCGUCGGGCAGCGGUGGGGGCAGCGGUGUGGCGCCGGCGGCGGAGGGGAAGGAGGAGGAGGAGGCGGCGGCGGCAGGGCGGGUCUCCUUACUACACGGCUGCUGGCGGGAGCUGGCUGCGGAGCUGCUGCGUUGCAGACAACUGUUGGAGGUGGUCAGUCUACUGGAUCCUCCUGGACUGGACACCAUCAAGGAAACAGACAGCAGCCGCAUCAUCUCGAAGGCCAGCUGUGGGAUGCAGCCUGGGGCAUCCUCCCUUCCCUCUUUGACGGGCCGGCCGCUGCCGCUCUCUCCUGAAGAUGUACAGCAACUCAUUCAUGCAUCGGCCAACGGCGCCGACGGCGCUGCAGCCAGCUGGUGUUUAGGCCUGGCGUCGCCGUACAAAAUCCAUCGAGAACAAGCCCUUAAGGAUCUCGAGGCAGCGUCUUCCGACGGCGGUGGUCCCAUCCCCUGCGACAUCGCUGUGCUACUUCUGGCGUUUCUGGUCCGGUCUGAAGACGCGGCGCAACUGGGGACGUCGCAGCACCCGCUGCUAGCGCGGCUGGUGGGGUCGGUCCCUGCGUCCCCGGCGCAAGCAGUGGCGGCGGCGGCAGUGGAGGGCCGCGACGCCGCGGCAAUGGGCUGUGUGCUGCCUUGCUUGUUGGCGCUGUUGGUGGAGCGCCAGCAGUGCGGACUGGCGGCGGCGCUUGUCUCCCGGCGGCUGAGGUUGCACCCGGCACUGGCGAGCGCUGGGGGCUCCAUGCUCCUGCUGGAGCGCUACCUGAAGGCGGAAGCCGCAUGUGACGGCGAUGGCAGCGACCGGCCUGAAAGAGCGGGAGGCGCCCGUGGCAUGGAAUCGGAUGCGGGGCGUGGGGACCAACUGCUUGGAUGCUUGCCAGCGGCGGUUGACCAUUUGCGGUGCACCUUCCGAGAACGGUGCAGGCGGGCAUUGCGGGUGUUGACAGCGGCUGCGGCGGUGACGGCCACGGCGAAUACCGAGUGAGGCCGCCGGACUACGGACGGGACGGCAGGCUAUGGAGACUGGGCUGUCGCAAGCGGUCAUUGUGGGACCUUAGGUGAUUGUGGGGCCUUAGGGCACGGAUGGUGGCCGAGCAUCAUGUGGGGAUCACGAGUAUGUAACAUUGUCAAUGUCGAGGGUGUAUGCUUCUCGACCAAGUAUAAUGGGAAGUUGAGGAUAGCUGGGACUUCCAGGAAACUCGGUCACUCGCGUCAAGACGGCACUUCCCAACGAAAACUCCAAAGUUUUGCCCACCCGCUGCGUGUUGGGAUGCCAAGGGAUGUCAUGGAGGUUCCGGGGCCACGUGUGCCAUUUUGGAAAGGCGUUUGCCAUUUUACAUUGCAUGCCCUGUAUAUCCUGCAUGG